AUGGCCUUCGGAAGUGAGUCGAGACUUCUCACGGGAGAUCAGAUCAAAUGCAGGACGGACGUGGCUCUGGUAACCAACCUGGUACUCAACCUCUGCAAUGCCAUCCUCUGCAUUUUGCUGGGCCGACUCCUGGACUACGGCAUUUGGGGCGUGGCCGCGGCCACAGUCGUGUCAAAUUACAUCGCCUUGGCAUUCGGCUGCUACCAGAUCUGGCGGAAUCUGCGGCUUCUGCCAUGGGUUUCAGAGAGUGAAGAUCCUUUUGCCAAGCUGGACCUUUCCCUUGUUUGCAGCCCAGAAAAGCUGGCGAAGCUCGCCUCGCUGAACAUCAACAUCCUGAUCCGCUCUGUUUGCAUCAUGGUCAUCGUCACAGACUUCACUUCCCUCAGUGCCAAGCUGGGGAGUGCUGCCCUUGCGGGCAACAACCUGCUGAUGCAGCUACAGAUGCUCAUCUCCUUUGGAGCAGAUGGUUUCGCCAACGCAGGUGAGGCGAUGGUGGGCCAGGCCAUUGGUUUUGGAAACAGCCACCGGGUCAGGCAGGUCUUUGGGGCGCUGAUGUGCUGGGGCCUGCUGCUGGGGCUUACCUUCACGGCUCUCUAUGUCUCCUGUGGACGCUGGAUCCUCUUGGCUUUGACCUCUCACCGUGAGAUUGUAGACUAUGCGGAGGCGUACCUUCCAUGGCAGUGGUGCGCGCCAUUGCUCUCCUUCACAGCCUACCUUAUGGACGGUCUCUUUGUUGGCGCAACACAGCCGAACAAGAUGCGAGAUGCGACGUUCCUAGCACUGCUAGCCUUCUUGGUCGCCAGCCACGCCGUCCCGGAGUUUUCCAACGACGUGUUGUGGGGCGCAUUCAUGCUGCAUCUUCUUGUGCGCGCCGCGGUAUUGGUGUACUGGUACAAAGGCAUUGAACUCGCUGCAGACGAGCGGCACUCAUACUAUCAAUCGCUUUUGCCUUCAGACUCUAUCGACCCAGAUCUUGCAUUUAGAAACUUGCUGCGCCCCACGGACGCAUAA